AUGGAGUUCGAUUUUCCUUAUGUGGCGCUGCUGAGAAUCCUCUCCUAUCUAGACGGCUUCAGUUUGCUACAGGCUGCCCAAGUGAACAAGGACUGGAAUGCAAUUGCAAGCAGUGACAUCCUGUGGAAGAAGCUCUGUCUGAAGAGAUGGCUCUUCUGUGAGGACGUCACCCCACAGCUCCUGGGUACAGAGACAUGGAAGCAGUUCUUUGUUUGCCAAACAUGGCAAGAACACAUCAAGUCCCGGGCAAAGCUAGAAGAUUUUACUUACAAGGAAAUUUAUGUGGAGCCUCAUGUGGGCUUGGGAAUUCAGGGAUAUGCAUGUUAUCUCUCAGGGCGUGGCUUAACAAGAAUCCGACAAGACAGAUCAGUUGUCUGUAUCUUGAGUUCCCUGGCCAAGAUUUCCACCUGGGAUAUUCACGAGGGUGUGAUGACCUGGGUCAGCCCAGAACAGCCCACCUACAUCAAGAUGUUGACGACCCUCCCUGAGAUGCACAUUGCAGUCACUGUAGAUAUACAACAAACUAUCAAACUGUGGGACUGUCACAACACAGAAGCUCUGGCGACUAACAGGCUGCUCUUUCCCUGUCAGUCACUGGAAGCUGUAUUUACAAAGGAUGGCCCCAUUGUCUUGGCAGGUGAUACCAUUGGUGACCUCUACAUAUUUAGGAUUCCCGACUUACACCUCAUUUCCAAAGUCCAUGCAUUUCAAUCCAGUAUUGAAGAACUCUACUGCUCUCCUCAGAAGAAAUGGGUCUUUCUGAGUAAGAAACACACGAAUAUCUUGCCAAAGGUGUAUUUCCUGAGCAGCUUACUGAGGACAUCAGAAUUCUCCGCCCCUGUGUCUACCAUUCUCUCCUUCUCAUUAUGCCAAGGAGCCUGCUGGACCCCAAGAAGGGAAGACAGGAUAACCCUGAUGGCCAGACAUGGCCCCAAACAAGUCACAAAAUUUGCCACAUUUGAUAUGAAGCUGGAAGAGAUUGGGAACCAACUAACAGUUAAUGGACAUUUGGUCGCAAGUUUUGAGUUACAAUAUUAUGACGAGAUCCUGGAAUGGAUUGGAGUCAGUGAUAAGAAUGUGAUUGUCUGUUCAACUGUAUCCUCUCUCUUGCUCUUUAGCAUGGAGGGCUACCAUCUGCAGAGAUUUCAGUACUACCUAGAAGAGAUCUUGAGACUAUGGGUGGACCCAGUUUAUGUCAUUGUCACCUUUAUUGAUGGCUCUUUGGACGUGUAUGCAUGGGAGGAGAGAAGCCUGCUGCUGAGAAAGUGCUAUCGGCUACCAAACUGGAGAUUAUUGACAUCUUGUUUUUCCUUUGGCAGCACUUGUAACAAAACAUUAUGUGAUGAUGUGAGCAUAAUUCGAAUGAUGACAAAUCGUCCCGCCCCCAACUAUCUGAUGGCAUAUACCUUGAACAUCUUUUCUUGA